AUGGCAAAAGAGAAGAAAAUAUCAGUUUUUCUAUUUGUGAUUAAAGUUUUUCUGAUCAUGUUAUAUAGUAAUAUUUUUGUGGAUGGUAAAUGUGUUGGAUCAACGUUUCAGCCUUGUUGCGCUGAUUACAUAUGGAACGAGGAAAUAGGAAAAUGCGUCCGUUGCAUGGCCGGUUUCUAUGGCGUCAACUGUACAAAAACAUGUCGUUAUCAUAGCUAUGGCACUGAUUGUCAACAAAAAUGUUACUGUGCUGAAUACCAGUGUCAGGUAAUCAUAGGAUGCGUAGAUUUUGGUAGUGAUAAAAUGACAGUGGAAUUUCCAACAUCUAAUUACCUUCUGGGGUGUAUCGUAUGUCUUCUUUUUAUUCUUGUCAUCUUCAAGGUCAUAAAAUUGAUCCCAUCCUACAGUGGGUACUAUGAAAUCAGACAAAAAUUAAACCGUCAGUCCACACAAAGAAGGUAUGAUUCCAUAAUAUUUGACGUCUGUUCACCUACCGAUACUGUUCUACAAAACUCAUUAAGAGGAACAAGAGAGAAACGAUGA